CGUGACACUCAUCCUGAAAAGAAGCCUCAAUUUGUACUGCAAUCUUUCUGCGAUCAUCAUCUAACUACACAAGCCCGUUUACGUAUCUACGAUCUAAUCAACUUUCCUGCAUCAUGCAUUCCGUUCGACGUGCGGCUCUGAGGGCUGCCAGCUCUUCCUCCUCCGUGGCAGCUGCCGUCUCGAGACAACAGGCCACCUCGUUCGCCAUCCAGCUCAGCAAGGCUAGCGUGCGUCCGGCAACAGCUAUUUCAGUGUCGCGCUUCUUCUCCCUGACUGUGCGAGUCGCCCAAGACGAGAAGCCUUACGAAUCCCCCGCGACGGAAACACCAGAGAAUGACACUCCGCUGUCCUCUUCCCCGACGGAGACCGAGCGCGCCCGCGAUGGCUUCUCCAUUUUUAUUAGCAACAUGACGUUCGAUGCCACUGAUAUGCACUUGCGCGAGGCAUUCGGCAAGUACGGCACCAUCACCUCGGUCAACAUUGGUCGUGAUGGCCGCGGAUUGAGCAGAGGCUUCGGCUUCCUUACUUUCGCCGAGAAGGAGGCAGCUGAGCGCGCCGUCAACGAGGCCCACAAGUCAUUCUGGCACGGCCGUCGCAUCAACGUCGAGCACCGCAAGGCGUCGUCCGAUAAGAAGACGGGCCCCCGACCUCUGAACAUGGAGCCGACCACCUCGCUGUACAUCGGCAACAUCCCUUACGAGACUUCGGACGCCGACCUGAACCGCAUGUUCCGUGACCUCGACAACGUGACCGACGUUCGCGUCGCCGUCGACCGCAACACUGGCUGGCCGCGUGGCUUCGCUCAUGCCGAUUUCACCGAUGUCGAGAGUGCGAUCAAGGCCUACGAGAAGCUCUCCUCGGUCGCUAUGGGCGGCCGCCAACUACGCGUUGAUUACUCGGAGAAGCGCAGCGGGUACUCCCGUCAGUAAAGUUGUGGUGGAAGACGCUGGCAAUGGAUGCGAAUCUGCCGACCUGGGGUCAUGUGGCCGAUGAUGAAAAGGGUGCAUUGCCCUUCUUCAGCUUGUGUUUAGAACAUCCCAAACCUGGGCUGGAAGAUGGCAUAGAUGAGCCAUAGUCGGUCAUCUGUGGGAAUCAUGCGCCCGAGAAAAAGGGAACUGUAUAUAUAUAACGUGUAGAACAACAUGAUAAUCAGCGGCGGGUGCUGGGGCCGACGAAUCAAUGUACCAUCUCUCCAUUCC